GGAAGCGGAAGUGAGCAUCAUGUCGGUGGAGGACCCGUUCUUCGUCGUGAAGGGGGAGGUGCAGAAGGCCCUCUCUCGGGCUCGCAGCCUCUAUGACCGGUGGGAGGAGCUUCUGCAGGACGGGACCCAGGUCAGUCGGGAUGAGCUGGACUGGAGCACCAAUGAGCUGAGGAACUGCCUGAGGGCCAUCGACUGGGACCUGGAGGACCUCAGUGAAACCAUCAGUAUCGUGGAGUCGAAUCCAGGGAAGUUCAAACUCGAAGACAAUGAACUUCAGGAGCGGAGAGACUUUGUGGAGCGAACCAGGAAAUCCGUCCUGGAGAUGAAAGAUCAGUUGUCCAGCCCGUCUGCCGUAGCUCAGGCAGAGAAGAAGAACAGGCAGGCUCUGCUGGCUUCAUCAGGCCAGGACAAGUCAACCGGACUGGAGGCUCACCUGGUGUCCGCCAACUCCAGAUACAUCCAGGACCAACAGGAACAACAGCAGCUCAUCUUGCAUAAGCAGGAUGAUCAGUUGGAGUUGGUGUCGGGCAGCAUCAGAGUCCUCAAAGACAUGUCAGGACGUAUUGGAGACGAGCUGGAUGAACAAACAGUCAUGUUGGGGGAUUUUGGAGACGAGAUGGACCAGACGUCGUCCCGCAUGGACUCGGUCCUGAAGAAGCUGGAGAAGGUGUCUCACAUGACCAGCAGUCGGAGGCAGUGGUGCGCCAUCGGUGUGCUGGUCGCCAUCAUGAUCGUGGUGCUCAUCCUCUUCUUCGCUCUCUGACUCCGGUGACCUCCGACCUCUCGACCACACUCACCGACUCCUCCCUGUCUGUGCGGUUGGACGGAUGGACAGAUAACGGGAAGAGGAAGGUGUCUUCUCCUCCCUCCCCUCCCCUCCCCUCCCCUCCCUUCCUCUCUUCUCACCGAGGACAAACUGGAGAGAAGUCUGGACGCCGUCGUUUCUCCUCCCUCUGCUUUCAGUGAUUCUGG